CAUUGAAGCGCAGGAUAACGGGCAUUUGACAGCACAUCAAACUCUGUCAAGUUUACGUGCAUUAUUUUAUUCGUCCAGUGACGUAUUCCAAAACGUAGUUAGAUUAGCCUACUUGAAGAGAUUCUACUUGAAAGGUUUGUUAUUAGAUUAAUAUUAAAAUGCGUCUGUGGGUUCUAUGCGUGUGUGUUAUUCUGGUACCUCUGCUGUGCGAUGCGCGUAUCUCUAAGCGUUAUGUGAUCGGCUGUCCGGAGCGCUGCGAUAAGAGUCUGUGUCCGCCCAUACCUGCCGACUGUCUGGCCGGAGACAUCCUGGACCAGUGCGACUGCUGCCCAGUGUGCGCGUCCGGCGAGGAUGAGCCCUGCGGCGGUACAGGGAAACUGGGAGACCCGGAGUGUGGAGAGGGUUUGGAGUGCGAUGUGUCCGAGGGGGUCGGACAAACGACCACCGUGAGGAGGAGAGGAAAGACCGGCGUAUGCGUGUGUAAGAGCCCUGAUCCCGUUUGCGGGAGUGAUGGGGUGUCCUACAGGAACAUCUGCGAACUCAAGAGAGUCAGUAACCGGGCGCAGAAACUCCAGCAGCCGCCCAUCAUCUUCAUCCAGAGAGGAGCCUGCGGGAAAGGCCACGAGGACAAUCCAGAUAGUCUCCGGCACAAAUAUAACUUCAUCGCUGAUGUGGUGGAGAAGAUCGCUCCGGCCGUGGUUCACAUUGAGCUCUUCCGCAAAAUGGUGUUCUCCAAGCGGGAAGUGGCGGUGGCAAGCGGCUCUGGUUUCGUGGUGUCUGAAGAUGGUCUGAUUGUAACCAAUGCUCACGUGGUAGCCAACAAGCAUCGGGUGAAGGUCGAGCUGAAGACUGGCGCCACCUAUGACGCCAAAAUCAAAGACGUGGAUGAGAAAGCAGAUAUUGCCCUCAUCAAGAUAGACGCUCCGAUGAAACUCCCAGUGCUGUUGUUGGGCAGAUCAGCUGAUCUGAGACCAGGCGAGUUUGUGGUUGCUAUUGGCAGUCCGUUCUCCCUUCAGAACACAGUGACCACAGGCAUCGUCAGCACCACCCAGAGAGGCGGCAAAGAGCUGGGUCUGCGUAACUCUGACAUGGACUACAUUCAGACAGAUGCCAUCAUCAAUUAUGGUAAUUCAGGAGGGCCCCUGGUGAACCUGGAUGGUGAAGUGAUAGGAAUCAACACGCUGAAGGUGACAGCAGGAAUAUCCUUCGCCAUUCCUUCUGACAAGAUCCGACAGUUCUUGGCUGAGUCUCAUGAUAGACAGGCUAAAGGAAAAACAGCCACAAAAAAGAAGUAUAUCGGUGUGAGAAUGAUGACAUUAACCCCAAUACUUGCUAAGGAGCUGAAGGAGAGACAGAAUGAUUUCCCAGAUGUCACCUCUGGAGCGUACGUCAUUGAAGUUAUCCCAAAAACACCAGCUGAAGUUGGCGGUCUGAAGGAGAGCGAUGUCAUAAUCAGCAUUAACGGGCAGAGGAUCACGUCAGCCAGUGACGUCAGCACGGCCAUCAAGAGAGACGCGAGUCUGAGAGCGGUGGUACGACGCGGCAAUGAAGACGUCAUCCUCACAAUCAUUCCAGAGGAGAUUGACCCUUGACCUCCCUCAUGCUCGCCCAUGAGCUGGUUCUCAGACUUUUACUGAGUGUGUGUCUGGAGCCACACUCUUUCUAGAAAUCAUAGUGAACACUUUCAAACCCAACCCAUCAUCCAAUCUUGUUCUCAGCUUAGACCAAGAAAUGUCUUUUCUCACUUUUUCCCAUAUAUGAAGUCAUUCUCUGUUUAUUCAUCAAUAUACCAUGAUAGAAUGAGCCUUUUGUAAAUAGAUUUGAGAAUUUAGUGCUGGGUAGUUCACUGACAAUCUGAAAUGUAUAUAAUUUCUCUGUUCCAAAACCUAGUAAGCUGCCAGAUUUUGUGCUGAGCAGGAUGAUUCCAUUCAAGAUGGCGGAUGAAUCAAGUAAAAGUCAAUUAUAAAUAAUCUUGUUUUAUUCAUUACUGAAAAGUAUCUGCUAAAAUAAUUCAGUGUAAUUAAAAAGAACUGUUUUACACAAUAUUUGCUUGUGGAAUGUAUUUUUAUGCUUACCCUAAUGGCACACGUACAUUAUGGCGACGUCUUUUUUAUGUGUGCAUUUUCAUCUGGUUUAAUCUGCAAUACGUAUCUAAAACGCUUCCUGUCAGAUGUUAAAGGGAUAGCUCACGCAAAAAUGAAAGAAAACGUCUUUAAAGUCAUCAUGAAAUGGAAGUUGUGACUAUUUUCUUCCAUAUUGUGACGUAUAUCCAAGUCAAAUGGCUUCUCGAACAAGAAAAAUGUAGGUUGUGUGUUGUUUCGUCCUUUGAGAAUCGAUAGCUUAGCAAUAUGAUAACAUUUGAAAUCAGUUGAGCUUCCCAUUUGUAUUGCGUGCAGAGUUGCUGCCUAUGUGUUCUGAUUCGGUCAUGUAUGAGGUUACAUGGCAGUUAUAAUACUACCUUAGAAGGCAGCUGCCUACAGUAUAUAGUAAGUUAUGCCUAUAUAGAAGAGGCAGCUCACUAGGUUUUGGGACAGACAUUGUAUUUCGUCCUUAUGUAUACAUCAGCAAGGCAUCAUGAAAUUUUGUUGUCUGUAUUCAGCUUUCUUUAUUUUUAUAUUUACACUAAAAUCUCAGACUUGACAAUAUUUGAAAAAGAAUUGUGGGCCGUUAAAGGAUGACUAUUAUCUUUGAAUACCUUCUCUUCUGUAAAUGUUUAUGUGUCUGUGUUUGUCAGACGGCAAUUUCAGAAACAAAAUUAAAGAAGGUUAAUGUUUUUAAA